AUGGAUCAAAAGUUCUAUCAUGGCUACCUGCCGCGAGAGGAUUUGCCGUACGUGCUCAAAAAGAAGGGCGACUAUUGUGUUCGCAUCACUGAGGUAACCAGUAUCACGGUCUCCAGAGCUGACGAUAUGGGCGUGGCGGCCUCGGCCAAAUGGCGUUUUCAUGAAUUGAGCAGGUUUUCUCUGAUUUUUGUGGUCAACGGCGAUGAAAAAUGAUUGUUCAACAUGAAAACAUGCUAAUUCUCAGAAUUAAUGACUUUUUGGCGCAUUUUUCGCCGACUUUGCUUCUCAUUUUGCGCUUUCUUGACCGUUUUCAGACAGAAUUGGUUUUCAGAAUGAUGAAUUACGUAAAUACAAGCAUUUUUAGCGUUCGAACCGCGAAAAUUACCGAAAAGCAACCGAAAUUCACUCAUUUUUAGCCAAAAACCUUUAAACGGAUAAAUGUGAUUUGCGACGUGACCAAAUUUAACGCUCUUGCGCUUAAAAAAUUCGUAAUCUCCUAUACAAUCGGUCUAUCGAGAGGGCAUUUAAUUCGGAGGGUACAAAAAUUAGGGGGUACAACAGGGUACAAAUGGUUUUGGGGUACAACUUUCAUGGUUUUGGGGUACAAAAAGUCGAGGGUACAAAAUUUUCGAUUCUGGGGUACAAAAAUUUACCGAUUCAGUAGGCAAUGAUUUAGAGGUACAACUUUUAUGAUUUAAGGGUACAAAUUACACGAUUUUGGGGUACAAAAGUUGCACGAAGCACAUUUUCGAAGUUUUCAUUCCAGUUUUGAAUUUGAGAGCUCACGAGACACAGUCGUGUGUAUCCAUGCUUUGUUUUAUGCAGUAUUUUGUGUCAUUUCGAGAAAAAAACUUUACUUGGGUAAAUUUCACACACAACAUCAGAUGAUGAAAUUCUGCUGUGAAAUUGCAGAAUUUAAAGGGGCCAAAACAGCAAAACAACUUGUAAGUAAUAUUAUAGGGGCACCGAAUAGAAAGGACGCUCUGUUCGCAAUCUGGCCGAACUUCUAGUCCGCGAAGUAAUUUUUCCACUGAAAAACGUGGCCUAACUUUUUCAAACUCGGCCCCGAGCUCACUCAAUUUGCACUGCAAAAAAAGUUUAUUAAUAGAGCGCCCUUUCUGUUCGGUGCCCCUAUAAUAACAAAGGGGUCGCCGUUUGAACCACUGUCUAUCGGAAGCAAAAACGCUUCGAAGGGUCAUGAAAUCUCAUUUAAAAAAACAUCUCUGGAACUGAUCAAGCGAUUCGGAGUACAAAACAUUCACGGAGUAAAAAAAUUUUGUGAAACAACUAAAAACAUUCACUGAAUUGAUGCCCAUGAAAAAAUGGGGAAAAAAUUGUUGUACCCCAAAAUCGUGAAAUUUGUACCCUUAAAUCAUAAAAGUUGUACCCCUUAAUCAAUGCCUACUGAAUCGGUAAAUCUUUGUACCCUAGAAUCGAAAAUUUUGUACCCUCGACUUUUUGUACCCCAAAACAAUUUGUACCCUGUUGUACCCCCUAAUUUUUGUACCCUCCGAAUUAAAUGCCAUCGAGAGACAAAUGAGAAAUUAUCGGUUUUCGUGGAUAAUCUGGCAAAAAACACAAAUUUUGCUUUUAAAAUUUGAAUUUCGCGCCAGCGGGGCGCACUUGCGCCCAUUUUCAGCUCUGGAGACCGCGAGUAGCACAAAUUAUCGAAAAACGUGCUGUGUUUCAGAGAUCAACUGCGAAGGCGAAGCGCAAGGACAUUGUGCUGAGCAUCGCGUGGCCGACCGAACCGGCAGUCACCUUGAACCACAAAGACGUAAAUGAACAGUUUUGCAAUAAAAAAUCGAUUAAAACUAACGAUUUCAGAUCAAAAACAUACUAAUCGAGCGUAACGGCUCGGCGUUUUGGCUCGACCUCUCGAUAUCGUUCACGACAAUUGACGCGCUCUUCGAGCACUACCGUCACAACGACAUUGUGAUUCCGAACCAGGACAAGGUGCGGCUGCUCAGGUCGGUCGGACUGCUCUCGUGGGAGUACCGCCACUCGCAGAUCGUGUGCGUCAAGAAAGUCGGACAGGGCGCCUACGGAGAGGUGUACAAGGGCAAGGUGAAAAAGGGCGGAAAGACGUUCGAGGCGGCCAUCAAAGCGGUGAGCAGUUUCGAGAAUUACAAUGUUUUCCGGUCAAUUUAGUUGUUCAUAGUUGUUUUUCGCUGGAAAAUGGCUGAACUUUUCGGAAACACAGUUUUUUUUCAGAUGCGAAAAGACCUGGACGAGGGCGACGAGAAGAUGAAGGAGGUAAUGGCGGAGGCGCGUCUGAUGCGCAGCCUCAACCAUCCGAACAUUGUGCGAUGUCGUGGAAUCGCGGUGCUCGAGCAGCCCCUUUACAUCGUCAUCGACUUUAUUUCGGGCGGCGGACUCGACUCGUUCCUCAAGAAAAACACAAAGACGCUGACGACGGACGAGAAGAACAAGAUGGCGAUUUCGGCGGCGUGGGGCAUCGAAUUCAUGCACUCGCAGGACAUUAUCCACCGUGAUAUCGCCGCCCGCAACUGUUUGUACGACAAGAAGAACCUUGUGAAACUGUCCGACUUUGGACUGUCGCGCAAGGGAAGCGUCUACAAAAUGAAGAAGGCGAUGAAGAUGCCGAUGAAGUGGUUGGCGCCGGAAUCGCUGACGACGUUCACCUUCUCGCGCGCCUCGGACGUCUACACGUUUGGCGUGCUACUCUACGAGAUUUACACGUGUCAGGAGCCGUUUAAUGGGGUCGCCGGCGGAGACGCGCGCAAAAUGAUAUUGUCGGGAUCGUUUCCGAACUUUGAGAAACUCGCGCCGCCCGAGCUGUACGAUAUCGUCAAAAAGAAAGUGUAUCAGUUGGAUCCGACAAAGCGGGCGCCGAUGAACGAGAUUGUGCAGGAUCUGGAGAAGUGGUUGGAGGUGGAACUGGUGCUCGACGAGGACGAUCGGCCCGCGGAUCCCGAGUCGAAGCGCGUCGGAAUGCCCGGAUCCGAGGAGUCGGCGUGUCCGAGAGCGCCGCCCAAGAAGAAAUUGGAAGUGAAGGCGGGAAAGGUGAAGAAGCGCGAAUCGACGGAGACGACGACCGAGACGCCGCCGACGACGUCGUUGUUGACGAAAGCCGGUGAUCGACGCGAGAUGGACGAGCUGGCGCCGCCGCCGCCAGAGCAAGAGCCGAAGCCGUGCUCGCCGCCGAAAGAGCCAGAGCUGGUGAGUUUAGCUGAGAAUAUUCUGCAAUUCUGAAAGGUUUUUGUUUUCAGCGUCGCGACAGUUCGAAAGAAUCGGCGUCGAAGAAACAGCGUGGAAAGUCAUCGAACGAGUGA